UGCAACGCGAAGGACGUGCCGCUCCGUAGCUCGCUGUCCCGCUCUCACUCUCCAUCUCUCUCGCUCACUCGCGUGUGUCUGACGCUUCGCAAUUGUUGUGUUUGCCACUUUUUCGCGCCACCCCAGAAAUAAUACGAGUGUGAAGACCGAAAUUCGGCAAGUUAGUGCGACCUUUGGUGACGUCAGGGGCUGGGAAAAAUCGCCAGGAUGUCUGCCAAUAAUCAGCAGCAGCAGGCGGAUCCCUCGGCGGCCGUUGCCGCCCCGGCAGCCUCCUCGGAAUACCUGAAACGCACCUGCCUCAUCUGCGGCUGUCACACCAACCAGACGAUCAAUAUCUACGAGCCCCGCUCUGGGCCCAAUAUCGUCCAGCUAAUCCAGGCGAAAUUCAAGUUUCAGCCCCUGAACGAGGACAAGUUCCUCUGCUUCAGCUGCAACAACUGGCUGAUCAACUGGCAUUCCCUGCAGGCGGUCAACAGUAAUGAGGCCGAAAGCCAAAGCCAAAGUCCCUCGCACAUGGGCAACAGUGUGGUGCAGCAAGAGCGGACCAAGCUGCGUCCGGUGGCGAUGGUUCGACCCCAAGUGCGAGUUCAGCCCCAAUCGCAGCCCCAGCCACAGCCCCAGGUUCCCGUCAAUCCCACACCCGCACCCAUAGUCUACUCCAAGCGAAGACCCAGCAGCAGCAGACGCAGUGCCUCCAUGACCCGGAUGAGCCGAGUCUUGCGACAAUGUUGCUUGGAGAGCCUACGGCGGAGUCCCCAGAAGAGGAGGAGCCAGCAGUCGGCGGUGAUCGUCUACCUCAGGCCGCAGGGUCAGAAGAGAAGCAAUCUGAUCUGCAAGGUGGAGUGUGUGACGCCACGAAGGAAGCCGUUGGAGCGAACGGCGACCAAGGAGGUGGUGGCAUCCGCACCCAUGCCCAGCAAUCCCAUUGCUCCACCCACUUACCAAAGAUUCCCGCAACCGAGUGUGGAUGGCAAAGUAGUGGCCAUGUUUCGGCGACUGGGAACCACGCUCAGCAGGGAAGUGUCAUCCGCAUCUUUUCCAGAAUCAACCACCUCCACCACUACGAAACCCCCGCAGAUCAUGAGUCCAAUCAAAGAGGGGCCGCGCUGGACGCGGAACCUCGAUGAAGAUGAGAUACUGCUGGAAUUCGAUAGCGCCAUAUCCGAAGUCCUGCCAACCACCAGCUAUCAGGUUACCCAGGGGGAGAAUAAGGAGAACCAAAGGGCAGAAGAAAUGGAGCUGGAGGAGGAGGAGGACCAAGCGGAACUGGAAGUGGUGCAGGAAGCGGAAGCGGACGCUCCACUGGAACCACCGAGCCACCGCAGCAGCAGCAACAGCAGCCACCACCAAAAUUCCCACCAAGUUUCGCUCCAACUCUCUGGCCUGCGAUUACCACUGGGCCUUAGCAUUAGCCUCGUCUAAAGAACCGAUGGGUCCAAAAGUAAUGCCCCACAAAAAUAGUCAAAUUGCAUGCACAAUACGCAAAUUAUGAGCAUUAGCGAAUGUCUAAUUUAAUAGUACCUCGAUUACAUUUUAAUUGUUAGUCAAAUACCUUAAUUAAUUAGCGGACAAAAAAUACACACACACAACAAGAAAAGACCUAAGAAUGUUAAGUUAACGGAUGUGGAAAGCUAUAUUUAAAAUAUACAUAUUAGUCAUAGGCAACUCCCCGUUUAACCCAAAAAGAAAAAAAACAAAAACAAAUAAACUCCCCUCGAGCCAAUGUAGUUGAAUUUGUUUGUUUGCUCCAAAAGAAGAAAGUAUUACAAAAUAACAGGCGAAAUAAAAAUAGCACAA